AUGGCCGCAUCGGUGGGAAUCAAACGAUGCAAAGCCGAUUCGCCACUGUAUCUACUCACGGACGACCUCAUCAAGACGAUCAGCGAGAUGGCCUGCAGGCCAAUCGAAACGAAGGCGACCAUGGCGUACGGCUACCACACCGACAGAGCUCUGCAUGCGGGGCUCCUCUGGACGGACGAGCAGCUGGCGCUGCACGCCAACAUCACCGGCAAGUGCGCCAUCUGCAGCCACCCGUGGAAGGUGAAGGACACCAGGCCCGUGCUCGGCCCAGACGGGAAGCCGUGCUUCGACGCGAAGGGCAAGCCCAAGAAGGAAGCGGUGGGUACCUUCAGCCUGGUGCAGAAAGCCAGCCUCAGAUACCCUGGCUUCAUGAUCUGCCCCGCAAGCAGCCGCGCCCUCGCACCCAUUCUGUGCUGGGACUGCGUCGCGAAGUAUUCCGCGGCCAAGCUUCACGUCCUCAACCGUGGUGAGCUGCGCCUGGGCGACACCCCAGUCCUCCGCCAGGAUGGGGGCAUGGGCCCUUGGCGACAGCUGUGGGCGUUGGACCUGAAGCAGCUGAGCACACUCAAGAAGGCUGAUUGCGAGUCGAAGGCGGCGAGCACCGGCGCGGUGUGCAACAAAAGGAAGCUACCCCCAGCUAAGGGCCCGGUCGGGAAGCGGCCUCGGGAGGCGAAGCUUCCUCCCCCCGCGCGCCCUCGCGAGUGCCCGACCCCACUCGCCCGUGCCAUGGUGCGCCGGCAGGGCAUCAACGAUCCAUCCCGUCUCCAAGCUGAGCGCUUCAUCCAGUGCGUGGUGGACGGGACGGCGUUCGUCUGGCCCGAGGGGUUUCGGGAAGGGCGUGCCGCCGUCCUGCACUGCUCCAACUGGGACGCCAAGGGCCACGGCACGCUCAGGCCGAUCGGCAUGCCAGACGGGAAGAAAGGCCUGCCUGCCACGGUCUACUGGGACCCGAACGGGCGCCCCGCGUGCAGCUGCCCCCUGGGAAGACUGCACACGCAGGCCGUGUGCGUCCACAAGCUCUUUCUGGUCUCCUUCUCCGCGAGGGC